AUGCCCCCGCAUAGAAUGGAUAGAAAGUCUGCUAGAAUAAAAGCAGAGUUAGAAAGAUAUGGUUGGAGAGUUUCAAAGAAGUUUAAAUAUAGGAAGGGAAGACCCAUAAAAGUCUAUGACAAACUGUCUGGUCUUCGCUACGAAAUGGACUUAGAAACAGCGCGCGCCAAUUAUCCAAACAGACUAGAGAGGUUAGAAGAAGAACGUCUUAUGGACAUGCCUUUCGAUGUUAGUGAGCCUCAAGUUGAAGGACACGACGGCUUUGCCAGAUUCUACUGGAAACAUGACGAACAAUUGCAUCCUUUGAGGAGGAAAAAAGGAAAAGGUGAAGACGCACAUGCUCCAAUGGAAAGAACAAGAUAUGCAUAUGAAAAGUAUCGUGAGGUUAGAAGUAAAAUUACAUCUGGUCGAACCUUUACAGUAAACUUUGACGAAGGAAAGAACAAAGAAGGCUUCAUGGGUGUACUUGCUGCCAUACAAGACGGAAAUAAGAAAGGAUACAAUCUCAGACUAACCGUAACAGAUUUAGAUGGUCAUAUCUACUACUCACAUGGCAAUGAACAAACAGCUGCACAACUUCUUGACGCUUUCAAGACUACAAAGAGAGAACAAAUGUUUGACUCCGACUCAGAUAUUUUGAAUGCAAUUGAAGGAAUUGCAAGCGUGAAGUUUGAAUGGUACCAACCUAACCCUCAAGCAGUCAGACAACAUGCUGGAUACUUCCCCUUCAGAAAUAAGUCUGACAUUGACUUGACAAGGUAUGGAAUUUACAAUUCAAUUGAAACAAUUGUCAAUGAACCUUGUAUUCUUACAUGUCUCAGGAACUCUGGUCUUGUUACAGAUGAGAAGAUGAAGUAUCUUGAGUCAUGUGUGAAAACAAGGUACAUUCUCAGAGGUCAAUUGUCAAAAGUUGCACCGUUGGCAAAUGUGAAUAUCCGAGUCAACAUACCGACUGAGAAAGGUUCUUCGCACGAUGACUAUGUUGUUGACUUCAAAUUGCCAUGGUUGAAGAUUGUACUUGUCCACAACCACUUCAUGUUGAACGAAAGUCUUACAAACCCAUUGUUCGGAAAAGGCAAGUGCAACAUUGUCAGAGCUGUUAACAUUCUUUUCGAGAAAGGCUUGUUGGAACCAAUUCCAGAUGACAAGCUGACAGAAACUUUUGUACCAAAAGAUGAAACAAACUUUUCAUUGUUGGUAAGACCAAAAGUU